UCCAACGCUGCAGCACCGCUGCAAAACAAGGGCUCGGUCCAACCCCCGGGGAGGCCUGCAGUGAUAAAUUCGGGAACUUUGGUGCAGCUUUUUCUGUUCCUCCUUUCCCUGGGCAGCUCCUGGAGCAGCGAGGGCAGCAGGGAUGCAGCUGCCGGGGCGGGUGCGGAGGCUGGAGGUGCAGCUGGAGCAGGGCAGGGCCCACGGCGGUGGGGAGCGGCUGCACGGGCGGGUGCAGCUGGAGCUGAGCGGGGCACUGCGGGUGCGGGCGCUGGAGGUGUGUGCCCGCGGGCUGGCCACCGUGCACUGGCUGGAGAGCCAAAGCAUCGGCCUCAACAUCGUCUACCGCGACUACACGGCCUGCCAGACCUUCCUGUACCGCCGGCGGCAGCUCAUCCACGACAAUGGUGAGGCCACUGUGCUGCAGGCAGGAAAGCACGAGUUCCCCUUCACCUUCCAGCUCCCUGAGACCCUGGCCACCUCCUUUGAGGGCAAGCAUGGCAGUGUGCGCUACUGGGUGAAGGCCAAGCUGCACAGACCCUGGUCAACAGUGAAGAAAGCAAAGAAGGAGUUCACUGUGAUUGAACCCAUCGACAUAAACACCCCUGCACUGCUGGCUCCCCAGGCAGGUGCUAAGGAGAAACUUGCUCGUGCCUGGUACUGCAACCGUGGCCAAGUGUCUGUGACUGCCAAGAUUGACCGAAAAGGUUACACCCCAGGUGAGGUCAUCCCCAUCUUUGCUGAGAUCGACAACUGCACCAGCCGGGCCGUGGUGCCCAAGGCUGCCAUCAUCCAGACCCAGACCUUCAUCGCCCGGGGCACCAAGAAGCAGAAGAAAUCAGUGGUGACCAGCAUCACUGGGGACCCCAUUCCAGCCGGGAAGAGGGAGGUGUGGCACGGCCGGGCGCUGAAGAUCCCCCCCGUGGGGCCGUCCAUCCUCCAGUGCCGCAUCAUCCAGGUGGAAUAUUCCCUGAAGGUUUGUGUGGAUAUUCCUGGGACGUCCAAGCUGCUCCUUGAGCUGCCUCUUGUCAUCGGGACCAUCCCCCUCCAUCCCUUCGGGAGCCGCACCUCCAGUGUCAGCAGCCAGUACAGCGUCAACCUGGACUGGCUCAGCACCAUCCCAGAGCAGCUGGAGGCCCCCCCUGAGUACUCAGCAGUGGUGUCCAGCCCCGAGGCCGAGCAGAGCCUGGCUCCCCCGUGCCGCAGCGAGCUCGGGGACAUCCUGGAGGGUCCCUUCUUCGCCUACAUCCAGGAAUUCCGCUUCCGACCACCCCCGCUCUACUCAGAGGUGGAUCCCAACCCGGCGUCAGACGGCAUCCGCCCGCGCUGCAUGACCUGCUGAGAGGGGCGCCCCGGCUGCGUGCGGCAGCGUGACGAUCCCUGGGGAUGGCAGCUUGCAGCCUCACAGCACUGGGGUCUGGGAACGGGCACGUGCCACCCCGACCCUGCUCACAGCUCUCGGCCACUCCUGUCGUCACUGUCCCCAGGCCCAGAGCCAGCGUGGGGCCGUGGACCCGGCACGGGUAGGAGAACACGAGGAGCCGGGUGGGACACGCAGGGUUCAGCAGUGCCCUGGGAUUUUGGGGUUAGAACAGGGAAUUCAAGCCCAGAUUGCUCUCCCCUUGCCUGCAGUGCCGUGCUCUGAAAACUUCUGUCAGCUCCUGAUGUGGAGAACGGGAGCUUGGAGGUGUUUCUCAGGAUUACUGGAGGAUGUUUGCUUGGAUGGUGCUCAGGGCUGGGCCCUGGGGUGAUGCAGGUGCUGCCCUUUGCCUGUGGCUCACCAGGACUGCAGGUCCCCAAGGCAGUGAAAGGUCCUUUCCUGGCUGAGUGAAAUAGAGGGCUCAGCCACUGCUCUGCCACAAGCCAGUGGGUACCUGUGGGGUGAAUGGUUUGAGCCACCUAACCAAACUCUGAAGGCCUCCAAGGGCUGAUACAAGGACUUGGGGGAUGAAUUUAAGAUCUGUAGCAGUGUUUUGGUGCUGUUUGCUAAGAACAGGAAAGCUGGUUUGUGAGUGUCAGCACCAAACCUGCACAGUGUGCUGGUGCCUUCCCCAAGAUGGGGCUGAAACCAACCCUCAAACUGUGGUACCAGCACAGAGGGCUGGAGCUGUGCCUGGUGGCCAAGGAAGAGAGAGGGAAACCCAGUGUAAGGCUGGUGGCAGCCACAGGUGCUGAUGGAAAGUGUGGAGUUGGGGUGAAUCCUUCAGGGCUGGGAGUCCUUGAGGUACCAGAGGCCCACAGCAGCAGCCUGUGCUCACUGGGUGGGAACCAGUGUGGGAAGGGUGAGCUGGGUGUUGUGGUCAGGAGCCAGGGGCUGCCCCUGCUCGCUGCAGGAGGCCCUGAGCAGAGUUUGGGGGCUGAGGACCUUCGCAUUCCCUCACUGAGACAAUCCCUGGCCGUGCACAAACCAAUGCCAGCGUGCCUUGGGCUCCGUGCUGGGGUUGCUCAGAUGAGUCUUUUCUAUCUGUGAACACUUUUGUAAUGACCACUCUUUGUCUCUACUCUUUUUGUACGACUUUUUGGUGGGGAGUUUUUUGUCUGAAAUAAAUUCUUUAAACCAAA